AUGGCUGGGUUGCAAAGAUCUUCAGUGUCGUUUAGGAGGCAAGGCUCUUCAGGGUUUGUGUGGGAUGACAAGCACUUAUCAAGAGAGCUUGUAGACAAAGUAGCACCGCUGCUAAAAGGAGGAGGAGGAAGAGCACGACAAGACCAAGAGAAGGAUGAGAUUAUAGAGGGAGUUAGGGCACCAAAACCAAUCAACACCGUCAGUAGAAGCAGGUCCAACGGUGGGGGACGUAGCUACAGAACUGGGAAGGUCACGCCGGCUAUCGAACCUCCGUCGCCAAAGGUCUCUGCAUGCGGCUUUUGUGGCGGUUUUGGUAUACCGUCGAGAAAGAGUACUAAUCUUAGAGCAAGGGCUUGGUAAGCGUAGAUUACGGUAGAAUUAGGAUAGCAAAAACGAUGUAAAAG